GAAUCUCUCUUGAUUGUUUCACCUCGUUCCCAUCUCGGUAAAGGCAUGAACGUGGUUGCAGACCCUCCCAUCCACACCGUCAAACGCACCACACCCGAGUAUCGCAGAAGUCAGUCGCUCAAGUCUUCUACUGCCUCCAACGAAUACUUUUCAGAUUAUGCUUCCGACGCCCUUAGUCACCACUCGGACAACGACGCCAGCGUCCAAAGCUAUGAGACACCCCCUUCCCGCAUCCCCUCUCCAGCCGAGCAACCUUACGCCCACGAUUCCGAGAUGACACUCCCUUCACGACCUGGUGCCAUCCACCCCGCCCCUUUGAACAUCAGAGCUAGCCAAAAUGCUGGUGGCGAGAGGACUCUUCGUAUGCUCUCCAACUUUGACGAGAUGAGCCCUCCCACACCGGGUAUUGACGACACCCCCUACAUCAGAUUUGCCAUCGAGCAAUUGACGCGAGAUGAGGAUGUCACAGGCCGAGGCAGACACAGUACCUCAUCACCCGAACGCUACGCCAAUCCUCUCGCCUCGGUGGAUGAGUUGCAGCCCACCACUCCAGAAUCCUGGACUCCAACACCAUCUCCUCCCCCUCCCACACCUCCUCAACAGCCAUCCAGCCCCAAACCCCAGCCAGUCCGAAGGAAACCGGUGGCUCAGGAAAUUAUGGUUCCCAUUGACCUGUCCAAGGAACUUCGAGAGCAACUCGGCUUUGUUCCCACGCCCCUGCGACUAUACCCACUUGCAACAUUUCUACUCCUUAUCCUGCUCAUGAUUGCCGCCUUGAUAUUCAACCUUGUUUUUGCAUCUGGCAACCAUGGCCUGUAUGACUACGAUGGUAAUGCCUCGCCCCGAUACUUCGUCUUCAAAUACCUUCCACAGCUCCUCGGAUCCUUUCUCCUUCUCUGGCUUUUCGUCGUCCAGGCCGCCAUUUAUCGCUCCCUGCCUUAUUUCUCCAUGUCGUCGGGUGCUCGGAGAAACAAUAUCCUGCAGGAUUUCAGAACCAUACCCACCAACUACCUUUUCCCCGACCUUUCGUUUUUCCGCUGGCGUGAACCUUUACUGGGAGCCGCCUCCAUUGUCUUUUGGUCGACAUUCUUGACCCUUCCCUUGUUGAGUUGUCUGUUUCAAACACAGUGGAUCACAAACGAUGGAACCCCUCGUUUUCGAUGGACAACUGUCCGCGGUGUAGGGUGGACUCUGGUGGCCUUGUAUAGUCUUCUCUCCGCCAGUGUUUUGCUCUGUCUGUUCCGCUUCCGCCGGAGUCAGUCGGCAAUGCUGUGGGAUCCAGUGUCCAUUGCGGACAUGCUUUGUUUGUUCAGACGGUCGAAUCUGGUCUCAGACUUUGAGCAGACCGAGGUCUCUCCAGAACCAGGCCGAGACAUCCCUCCACGGGUGGUCCGAAUGGGCUUUUGGACCACUUCAGAACGCGCCGAUGUAUUCCAUGCCAUUGGAGAAGAGUUUGCGCCCAUCAAACGAUUGUCCUAUCGACCCCCGCUAGUCGAGAGAUCUUCGGACGCUUUACUCCAAAGCCAGGACAAGUCCGACCUCGAGGCCCAGCGAUUCUCGUACGGGUCUAACUUUGCUCGAAACGUCCACUCCCCUUUCAUCCGCUAUCGGUGGGUGCCUUGGUUCCUUCGUGACUCUGCAGUCUUGGCCUGGAUCAUUGCCGCAGUUCUUCUCUUGAUAGCCUUUCUGACCGUCAGCUUUGUCAACCGGGCUGUUCAGGACGGAUUUGAUCCACUGCUAUCAUCAGUCACGGGUUCGGGCGGGUUCUCACCCGCCAAUUUCCUCUACAGUUUCCUCCCUUGUCUUCUCGGAACCGUCCUUUUCUUGGCAUGGCAACCCAUAGACAUGUACUUUCGCGCGGCCCAACCCUUCUGCAACCUUUCCCGGCCAGGAGGUGCGGAUGCGCAACAUUCGCUCCUCCUUCACUACCCGUCUCAGACGCCUGCAGGAGUUGUGGUUCAUGCCCUGGCCAACGGCGACUGGAACGUGGCAUAUGUCAGCUUCAUCGGCGUGCUCGCUGCUUGGAUCCCCACUCUUUCUGGCGGAGUAUUCACUGCUUUGCACUUUUCUGAACGGGACCAAGUGCGGAUGGUAGCAAGUAUGCCCGGGUAUAUCGCACUUUGUGUCAUUGGCGGCAUCUACGCGCUGUCAUAUCUUGCUGUAUGGCCCACGAGGAAACGCUACCUUCCCCACUCGUUCAACACUAUUGCCGGCAUCAUGAGCUGGCUGUAUGCUAGCCCGCUUCUGGAUGAUGGGUUGGUACAGAACGUGCGGACCAAGGCAGAUCUAAUUGAGCGAUUUUCGGAUUCGCCAGCAACACCGACAACAGGACUGACUGGCGAUCAAGGCUCAAAGGAGAAGUCUCGCCUGGUGCGGCGGUCUCGACAACCAGCCCGAAGGGCUGGAACGCAGUAUGGGUUUGGAAUAUUCGUGGGCCGAGACGGAAAGGAGCAUCUAGGCAUCGACCGGAUGCAGCGGCCUGGAAGUCAAGCGCUGAUGGUCUACAACGAACACGACAGUUUUGAGUACUCGACGGUUGCGCGGAAAUCUGGUAGCAGCCAGUGAUGUCGAUAUGAUUUGCUUUUCCCCCAACACGCCAUUUCGGGAUAAUGACUUUUAAUGAUUGUGAUGGCGAGAUACAAAGGAGGCACGAGAUGGCAUGGGAUAAUGGAUACUUUAUAAACGGAUUAUGUGUAUAUAUGGGAUGACCGCUACGCAGCACAAGGAUAGACUGACGGCGUUUUAUGGAGGCCUUGGUUGGACAGGGUCUCGGUCGGACAACAUUCAUUGACGGAGAACACGAUAGCAUUGAGAUGGAGUGAAUGAGCGGAUUGCCUAAUAUGAUAGAAACGAGUACAUAGCACUAUGUGAACAAG